AUGCGUCCGAUUUUAGAAGCAGUAUCGCAGGGGUGUUUGCAGCUACUCAGAGAGAAAGUAGUAGCUGUGGAUGAGCAGAUGAUACCAUUCACAGAAACUUGUCAAAUGAAGCAGUUCGUUAGGGGAAAACCCAAUCUAGAGGGAUUGAAAAAUUUUGUUGUUGCUGCUCCUGAUGGUCUUGCCGUAGACUUUGAACUAUAUCAAGGCAAAAAUACGUUUCCAGAUAAUUCUGUAAAACGACUUGGUGUUGGUCCCUCUGCUGAUGCUCGUCUUGGAAGAACAUUAUUUCCUAGAACUCAUGCAUCUACUGGUCUAGGAAUUCAACCUAGUGAUAAGUGUAAACGGUGGUCUAAGAAAGACUCUAAAUACAUACAAGUUCCAAGACCUUACAUUGUUGCUAAAUACAACGGUUGUAUGGGAGGAAUUGGCCUGAUAGAUCGAAUGAUCAGCUAUUACAGAAUUCAAGCCAGAUCAAAGAAAUGGACUGUGAGAGUCAUCUUCCAUUUCUUUGAUUUAGCAAUGGCAAACUCAUGGAUUUAUUAUCGAAGAGAUAAAAAGAUAUCUCAAACCUCUACAAGAAAAAUACAGCAAUAUCUAGAUUUCAAAAUCGAAAUUGACACGCACCUUUUGAAAAAUGAAUCCAACAUUUCCCAAGAAAUUAUGCGAGGUAUAGGAACUCGAAGAAAUCCUGAUGAUAAUAUCAUUGUUCAUUCGCCAACAACAGGCACCGAAAGAAAGCGGAAAGAACAUUACCCAGAAAUUGCCUCAGAUUUAAGAAAUUCGGUUCGAUGUACGAUGACAGUUGUGCUAAAAAACCGAAGUUUUUUUGUAAUAGAUGUAACACAUUCUUAUGCAUAACUGGCAACAGAAACUGCUUUAUAGAGUUCCACACCAG